AUGUCCAAUAAUGACCCGGUCACAACUCCUGCUGAUUCUAAUCAGCCAUCGGAAAAGCAGAAAGCAUUGAUGGGUCUUCUCUACAAUGCAAGUUGUGAAGAAUUACUCCAAGAUCGAUUAAGGGCUAAAGAAUUAUUGCAACAAUUUAAUAAUUCCAAACCGUGCAUAUUCAAUACUAAAGAGUAUGAUGAGACUAGGGGGAAGAUUAUUAAAGAAUUGUUAGGAAGUAUUGGCGAUGAAUGUUACAUAGAAUCACCAUUUUAUUGUGAUUAUGGUUAUAACAUUCACAUCGGCAAUAGUUUUUUUUCGAACUUUAACUGCAUUAUCUUGGAUUGUAACCGUGUGGAUAUUGGGGACCGAGUAAUGUUUGGCCCUAAUGUACAAUUAUACCCUGCCACACAUCCUGUACAGCCGGAGGAGAGAGCCAAAGGUGACGAACUUGCAUUUCCUAUUAAGAUUGGAAACGACGUUUGGAUAGGAGGCGGCGCAAUUAUUUGUCCUGGAAUCACUAUUGGUGAUGGGGUUACAAUUGGUGCAGGUUCCGUGGUAACAAAAGAUGUUGAGCCAUAUGUUGUUGUUGCCGGAAAUCCUGCAAAAAUUAUUAGACGUUUAAAACAAUAG